AUGCUAGGGAUGACUUGGGUAAAUAGGUAAAGUUGGACUUGAAGUAAAAUUAGAGGAGUACUGGUAGAAUUUUAGAUUGUGUAAUACGCAAUCAGAAAAGAAAAUCAAAUAUUUGGACUAUUAUAAAAAAAAAGUUAAAAUAUGAAUUAAUAACAAUUUAUUCAUUCUUCUCGGUUAUCUACGGAAAUUGGGGAUGAGAAAAUGCUUCUGCAUAAAGACAAGUUACUGCAAAAGAUUAUAGAACAAGUGCAACUUUUAAUGUCGAACUCAAACUAGGUAUGUUUGUUGUUAUUGAUAGCAGCCAAUUGAGGGAGAUUAGCAAUUCUACGAUGGGUUCAAAUACGUCAUUGCUCAUUAAUAGAUAUGUAGAAUGAAAUAUAUAUUUUAGCUGACAUGAAGUCAUAGGUCUCAAUGAGUUCCAAUAUUGAUUAACCUAGAAAGGCCUUUUCUAAUUAGGUUUUCACUAAAAUGUCUCAAAUCCUGAAAAGUUACAGCACACAAUAAUACAAGGUUAGUAUUAAAAUCAAUUAACAAUUGCACUAUUUAGCAAGAGAUACGAUACGUACAAUUUAAGAGGCCUUCGAGGCUUGUUAGUAGGUUGAUAAAGUUCAAUUAUGCGGCAAAGAUGCCUCAUUUAAACAAUACGAUAAAUAUAUCAGAUAAUUGGAUUAAUUGGGUUUCUUUUGGGAAUAAUUACCAACUCUAGAAAAUAGAACUAUACCUAUAAAUAAGGAAACUAUAUCUUCUGAAAUUUCAUAGUUUUUGGAUCAAUGGUUGGAUACUUUGAUCCAGAGGUUUGAUUUUAAAUAGACCUCACAAAGGCUCUCGCAAAAAUAUUAAGCUGCCUCUCUUUAGACUUCAAAGUCCCCACCCCCUCAAGUUGAUCAUAGAUUAAGAAAUGCCCAUGAAUUAUUUGCAGGACUUGGCAGAGAGAAGGACUAAAUAGCAGCUCUGCAAUUGUACACCAAAUUGGCAGAGGAAAGUAAUGCAACAGCAUAAGCAAUAAUGGGAUAAAUUUGUUUAGAAGGAAUUACAGGCCCAAAAGAUUAUGAUUAGGUACAUUCAAAUUAUUAGAAAAUUCUAGGCUUUCAGUUACUUUAAAAAGAGUGCAGAUUAAAGAAACACAUUCAGUUUGUAUCACACAUCCAAAUUGGUUUUGGUAUUUUAUGGCAUUAAUUAUUUAAGGAAGGAAAAGUAUUUGACAAGUUCUCUGAUAAGGAAAGCAAUCACACCAUAGCCAGCAGUGAUGCAUAUAAUCGGAAUUAUGAUUGCAAUUUUGCCUUGACUCUCCUUAAAAGGGCUGCAGAAUUAGACCACUUGUAAUCCAUGAUCUAUUUGGGAGAUCUUUACAGCAAUGGUCUUCAAUUAUAGGAAUGUAGAAUAUUAAUAAUAAUUCAUUAGAUACCUUAGAGAAGGAUUACUCAAAUGCUGAAUUCUAUUACAAGUAGGCCAAAAAUAAGAAUUCUACUCAAGCGAUGCACAAGUUGGCUCUUCUUUAUCAAACCAUGUGCAAAUAACCACUAUACAAAGUAAGUUAUUAAUUUAAACCUUUUAGAAUAGAAGCUAAUUAAUAUAACCACUUUUGAAUCAGGCCAAAAAUCAGGAUUAUCUACCUGCCUUUUAUGAUUUAGGAUUACUGCUGCAAUAGGGAUUACAAGAUGAGGUUGAAUCGAAUUAAGUGAUGGCUGAUUUGAUUUUUGAAUAGGGAUGUUUGAAGGGGGAUCUCAAAUGUGCUUAGAAGUUGCUCAGUUUGAGAUUUUAAGCCUUAGCUAAAAAUGAAUUGGCGAUUGAUGAUUUCUUCUCCUUGCUUGAUCAAAUUGAAGAAAAUAAUAAGGAUUGGACUAUUACCUAUUACAUGAGAGGAAAGGUUUACGAAAAGGGAGUUCAAGUGGAGAAAAACCUAAAGAAGGCCCAUGAAUAAUACAGAUUAGGUUACAUGAAGGGAUGCUAAAGAUGCAGAGUUCAAUUAGAGAAAUAAUAAAGGGAUACUGUUCCAACUGAUAACAAUCCUACCAAUUCUUAGCAAUCUUCCUUAAAUCAAAGACAAACCAUUAAUGGAUUCAUAGAACAAGUUCGACAAUCUGAAUGGAAAAAACCAUUUUCAAAGUAGAGGCAAUUCUCUAUUGGCAAUGUCUAAUAAAUCUUUAACCUUGCCGAUAAUGAUGUUUAGUCUACAAUGUAUUACAUUCUAUUUAUUUGUGUUAGUCAAGAUCGAUACACAAGGCUGACUGUUAGUAUUACUAGACCAAAGAAUCAAACCGACGAUAGAAAGAGGGGAGUAUCUGCUUCUGAAUUGCCGCUUUAGGAUAUGGGUAGAAGCAUUCUCUUAUCAUAAAUGAAAUCUCCCGAAAAACCUCAUUAACAUUCUUAGUUUUGGUCUCCAAGAUUGCCAUCUUAGUAAUCUUAGGCUGGAUCACAAAUUACAAAUUCAACUACCAAAAAAAGAUUUAAUCUCAACAAAAUUCGAUAGAACAACUUUCCGAGCAACCAAUUUGAAAAUAUAGUUAAAUGA